GGCGCUGUGUGGUGGGAGUAAAGGAAGUGACGUGAAUUUCGCGAUGUAUUUAUGCCUCUAAAUAGAACAUUAUUAAAUUUGUGAUACAUUAAGAUAUAUAGAAGGUAAACAAUCAAACAGUCGAGAAACCAAGAUGGGAGACGCGGAACAAAAAGGAAUUAUGUUGAUGCAGGAGGCGGAGAAGAAACAGAAAGGGGCUAAAGGUUUCUUGGGGAAUUUGUUUGGUGGUUCAAGCAAGAUAGAAGAAGCAGCAGAAUUGUAUGUGCGUGCAGCAAAUUCUUUCAAGAUGGCCAAGAAGUGGGCAGCUGCUGGGGAAUCGUUUUGCAGAGCAGGCCAACUUCAGAUAGAACUCGGCAGCAAACAUGAAGCUGCUACACAUUAUGUAGAUGCUGGGAACUGUUACAGGAAAGGGGAUCCGAAUGAGGCAAUCAAAAGCUUACAUCAAGCAGUAACAAUCUACACAGAUAUGGGAAGGUUUACAAUUGCUGCCAAACACCAUAUUACUAUUGCGGAGAUCUACGAGACUGAACUAGUUGAUAUUGAACAAGCCAUCGCCAACUACGAGCAGGCUGCUGACUACUACAAGGGAGAAGAGUCCAACAGCUCUGCCAACAAAUGUCUGUUGAAGGUUGCACAGUUUUCAGCUCAGUUAGAAAAUUAUGAAAAGGCUGUCGAGAUUUAUGAACAGGUUGGCAUAUCGGCAAUGGACAACUCCUUGUUGAAGUACAGCGCCAAGGACCACUUCUUCCGUGCGGCAGUGUGUCACAUGUGUCUGGAUCAGGUCAAUGCCCAGAUAUGUGUUCAGAAGUACGAAGACAUGUUUCCAGCCUUCUCAGAAUCGAGGGAGUGUAAACUAGUCAAGUCGCUGUUGAAGGCGUGUGAGGAGGAGAAUGUUGACGCAUUUACACAGUCUCUGCAGGAGUUCGACAGUAUUUCCCGCCUCGACCAGUGGCUAACUACCAUGCUCCUCCGUGUCAAGAAAUCCAUAUCAGCAGAACCAGAUCUGCUCUGAGCAUAGACAUUUGGCAGUGGUGGACCCUUGAUCAUGCAAUAUGGCCCAGCAUUGAUAACGAUGAUUGUUACAUAGGUUAGGUGUCAUUGUAGACCUAUAGCCAAUGUCUAGAACACAGCUUCACAUAAGGGUGUACACAGGGAUCAUCUUUGUUGGGAGUGUAGGUGGGUUGUAACUAAAUGAGGAAGAACUGCUGCAACACGAGACGCAUGUACUAGCUCCUUAACAAAAUCUACUGAUUUAAUAGUCAUCAGGAUCAGUUUAUGACUUUCUGUUGUUGGUUUCUUUGUUGGUCCUGUCAUCUAAUAUUAUUGUUAUUAUGGCAUAGUGGUUAAGGUGUUACCUCAUUCAGAAAAAUUAUUCCCACCAGUCCCUAGACACAAAUUCUUGGUGCUCAUACUAAAGUAUGGCUUCUAUUUUGCUCAAAGCAGCAUGAAAUUCUAUACACAUUCAGUUUGAUAAAAUUCAUAUUUAAAUAAUGAGGUCCAAUGUGCACCUGUUUGUCUUGAACUUUAUGUUCUUCUGGAUGAAAGCUAAGACUGGCUCAACAUAAGGCUGUAAUUUUCAAAGGAGGGUCAGUGUUGGAUGGUUAUUGCUGAUCAGGUUACUGUGUUUAUUUGUAUGAUUCUUUGAAACUUUGUAUAUAAUUUACAUUUCCAUGUUGCUGUAUAAUUUAUUGAUCAGGAGUUUUAUUGCCACCUGUCAUGGGUGACUUUGUCUGUGUGUUUAGUGUGUAGCUAUGUUGAGAUUAUAGUAUAAACUAUAUACAUUGCCAUAUAUAUACAUUGCAGCAAUAUGUACUGUAUUGCCAUGUCACAAGUCUUCACCGUCUUACUCUAAUUGACUGCUGACUUGACAGAAAAUGAAUGUGUGGACAGAACAACUGACAUGUUUUCAAAGCUAUCAGAAAUAUUGUAUUUAGAUGGCCUCAUCUAAAGUUUUACCAGUACCCAAAAAAGAAAUGUAUCAGUGGAAAUAGGUUUUAAGAAUUUGUUUGUAAUUUUGUAAAAUGUACUUCAAGUGGUUCUUUAACAGGAAAUCAACCUACUGGUAGAUAUGUUUGGUUUGGUUUUCACCUGCCUUAAGGCAUAUUGACUUUGUAAAUAUGUAAAAACAGAAUUAUACUUUGGUUGUCCAAGUUAUUUACAUAUCGCAUGAUGAUGAACCCGUGUGGUAUCAUGUCACUGUUAAAUUCCUUGUGCAGGCUAUCAAUGACCAAGUUACACCAAGUGAUUCCACUAUGACAGCCGUCAUUCUCUUCCCACAGAGGUUACUUGUCAUAUCUUCCUACGAACCUCUGUUCUAAUACGGCCAUAUUUCCCGGUUCUCGUAAAAUCCCCUAGCGGCAAAA